CUGACAUUUAAAAAGCAAGCUGUGUUAGGGGGAUGUCUGAGGGUCAAAGUAUGGUAGUUACAAACGUCAUUGAUCUAACAUUGCUACGCUGCAUGCUUUUUAGAUUUGUCACGUAAUCAAGCUUAAUAAACCAACAGCAAACAUGCCAAACAAUAUAUAAUAUAGAAGAAACAUAUAGGAACAUUUGAACACCAUUUUUUAAAGUUACGCAUUUUCCCCCAAUGACUACUAGGUAUUACAGAAAGAGGGUAUUAACCCUAAUUGUUGUACUGUUUUUUAGUUACGUAGUUGUAUAUAAAUUUACAGCUUAUAAUAAGAAAGAAGACACUGAUCCAACCAAUAAGAGUCUUAGGGCAGAGGAAAUUCAGGAACUGUACAGGAAAGAUGAUGAUUCUAUCACAGAGAUUGAAACUACGAUGCAUGAAAAAGAAAAUGUGAGCGAAGAGCAAACAUUCAAAUACCAAGAUAUUGAAGCAACUGAUGCGAGUCUUAGUGCAGAGGAAAUUCAAAAACUGUACACCAAGGAGGAUUCCAUGACAGCGAUUGAAACACAGGUGCAAAAAGAAAGAAAUAUGACUGAAGAACAACUAAUCGGUGUAACAAAACGCAGACUUGCUGAUGUGAUCCUCAUCGGAAUGUUUAAAGGAGGAACUGGGACAAUAACAGUAUGGCUUUCACACUAUCAUCCACAGGUUGUGCAUCUUCAUAUGAAUGAGUACUAUGCUAAUAACUACAUUGUUGGGCCUGAACAACACAUGGCCACAAUACCCAAUGUCUCAGAUGACAAAAUCAUUUAUGAACGAUGCACAGUCUGUUAUACACGCCAAGAGUCAAGAGAAAGGAUUCUGGCUGCAUAUCCACAAAAGAAUGUGAAACUUUUGGUCAUGGUCCGUGAUCCACUAGAGCGACUAAUAUCUAUUUAUGUGCAGACAAUACAAAUGAAAGAACAAAAAAAUGAGACUUUUGAAGAGUAUGUAUUCCAUGCUAAUGGGACAUUGCGUACUGAAGAAAAUUAUUUUCAACAUUGUUUUUAUGUGAAAUAUUUCGCAAAAUGGCUAAUGCUAUUCCCAAGAGAAAACAUACAUUUAGUAGACGCAGAUAUGUUUAUCAAAAAACCAUGGAUAGAACUAGAAAAAAUUGAAAAAUUUCUUAAAAUUGAGCAAUUUUUCACAGAGAAGCGGUUUCAGCCCAACCCAGAUAAGCCGAAGUUCCAUUGCUUAUUACUUGAGUAUAGGAAAACAGGAUUGCAUUGUAUGGGGCAUACAAAGGGAAGAUUCCAUCCUACCAUUUCUGAUGAGACAUUGCAAAGGCUGAGGAAACAUUUAAAACCAUAUAAUGAACAAUUUUUUACCUUAACGGGUCAAAGGUUUUCGUGGUAUGAACACUAUGAUUAAUGACUAUAAAUUCAGUUUAAGAAACCUCCUAGCAUAAUGUUUUCAAUGCCUAAAUUGUUAGGCCAAUGAAACAUUGACUAGCAAUUUACAUUUUACAAGUAAUGGACGACACAACAGACAUGUAAUUUUGAUGAUGUUACACACAACAAUGUCAUUAAUUAUUAAAUCAUCUGGAAAAACAGGCAUUGCAAAUUGCCUUUGACUAGUCAUUUUUUUGUGUUACAUGGGCCUACAGAUGUGUCACACUUUUGGUUAUAGGGUAUAUCAUGAAAAAUCAAAAUUAUAGACAUAUAAGGAUAUCAUUGUAAGAAGCUGCGACAAUUCACGAUUAAUUUUAGGACGAGGACUUGAUUUAUGAACUCCUUUAGCGAGUUCCUUUAUUUUUACUUCAGCUUUGAUCAUUUUC